CCGCCAUUUCCGACUACGCCUUCCGCCCAUUUGGGCCCUCCUCGGCUUCCGUCCCAGAUGAUCCCUCCCCGAGGCUGCUGCUGCCGCCUCCUCCAUCUCCCGGAGCUGGAGGCACCUCCUUGGCCAGUGGCGUAGCCGCACUUUGUGUCGAGGCCAGCCAGCUAGGGGCGGAGGUCCGGAGCCUGGUCUCGAACGGAGCGGGGGGCCAUGGAGAAAGCGGCCCGAGGCGCUCUCCACAUCGACUAACGCGGGCCCGAUACGGCUGCAGGCGCCAUGGACCGAGCCCCCGCAGACCAGAAUGUCAAGCUGUCAGCUGAGGUAGAGCCAUUUAUUCCCCAGAAGAAGAAUCCUGAUACAUUUAUGAUCCCUAUGGCACUCCCAAAUGAUAAUGGCAAUGUUUCUGGUGUAGAACCAACUCCAAUUCCCAGUUACCUGAUUACUUGUUAUCCAUUUGUGCAGGAAAACCAGUCCAAUAGACAGUUUCCAUUAUAUAACAAUGACAUACGAUGGCAACAGCCCAAUCCAAACCCUGCUGGACCAUACCUUGCCUACCCCAUUAUAUCUGCUCAGCCACCUGUUUCUACAGAGUAUACAUAUUAUCAGCUGAUGCCAGCACCGUGUGCCCAAGUUAUGGGUUUCUAUCAUCCUUUUCCUACACCUUACUCCAACACCUUUCAGGCUGCAAAUACUGUGAAUACUAUAACCACAGAAUGCACUGAGCGUCCAAAUCAGCUUGGACAGGUCUUCCCAUUGUCCAGUCAUCGAAGCAGAAAUAGUAACAGAGGGCCAGUGGUACCAAAACAACAACUUUUACAACAGCACAUAAAAAGCAAACGGCCAUUGGUGAAAAAUGUAGCUACUCAGAAAGAGACAAAUGCAUCAGGUCCUGAUAAUCGAUCAAAAAUUGUGCUUCUGGUAGAUGCUUCACAGCAAACAGAUUUCCCAUCAGACAUCGCCAACAAGUCUCUCUCGGAGAGCUCUGCCACAAUGCUUUGGAAAUCCAAAGGCAGGAGGAGAAGAGCAUCCCACCCUACUGCGGAAUCCUCUAGUGAGCAGGGGGCUAGUGAAGCUGACAUUGACAGUGAUAGUGGCUACUGCAGUCCCAAGCACAGCAACAACCAGCCCGCAGCAGGGGCUUUGAGAAAUCCUGAUUCUGGCACCAUAAAUCAUGUGGAAUCACCUAUAUGUGCAGGUGGUGUAAAUUGGUCCAAUGUAACUUGCCAGGCAACUCAGAAAAAACCUUGGAUGGAAAAAAAUCAGAUAUUUUCUAGAGGUGGAAGGCAGACUGAACAAAGAAAUAAUUCACAGGUUGGAUUCAGAUGCCGAGGACAUAGUACUUCCUCUGAAAGAAGACAGAAUUUGCAAAAGCGACAAGAUAAUAAGCAGUUAAACCCCAGUCAAUCUCAUAGAGGCGACCCAAAUUCUGAGUCUUUAUAUUUUGAGGAUGAAGAUGGAUUUCGAGAACUAAAUGAGAAUGGAAAUGCUAAGGAUGAGAAUAUUCAACAGAAACUUUCUUCAAAAGUAUUGGAUGAUUUACCUGAAAACUCACCAAUCAACAUAGUUCAGACUCCAAUUCCCAUUACAACCUCAGUUCCUAAACGUGCAAAAAGUCAGAAGAAGAAAGCUUUAGCAGCAGCUCUUGCCACAGCUCAAGAAUAUUCAGAAAUAAGUAUGGAGCAAAAAAAAUUACAGGAAGCUUUAUCAAAGGCAGCUGGAAAAAAGAAUAAAACCCCUGUGCAGCUAGAUUUGGGGGAUAUGUUAGCAGCUCUGGAAAAACAACAACAAGCAAUGAAAGCACGGCAAAUUACUAAUACCAGACCACUGUCAUAUACAGUGGUCACUGCAGCUUCUUUUCACACUAAAGACUCUACUAACAGAAAACCUUUAACCAAAAGUCAGCCCUGUUUGACAUCCUUUAAUUCUUUGGACAUUGCUUCCUCUAAAACGAAAAAAGGAAAAGAGAAGGAAAUUGCAAAACUAAAACGACCCACAGCACUUAAAAAGGUUAUUUUGAAAGAAAGAGAGGAAAAGAAGGGCCGGUUAACUGUGGACCACAAUCUUUUGGGAUCUGAGGAACCAGUAGAAAUGCACUUAGAUUUUAUUGAUGACUUGCAGCAGGAGAUUGUUUCCCAGGAAGAUACUGGACUGAGCAUGCCCAGUGAUACUUCGCUCUCUCCAGCAAGUCAGAACUCUCCAUACUGUAUGACACCUGUGUCACAAGGCUCUCCGGCUAGUUCCGGGAUAGGCAGUCCAAUGGCAUCUUCGACAAUAACCAAAAUCCACAGCAAAAGAUUUAGAGAGUAUUGUAAUCAGGUUCUUUGUAAAGAGAUUGAUGAGUGUGUGACUCUUCUUCUCCAAGAGCUCGUCAGUUUCCAGGAACGCAUCUACCAAAAGGAUCCUGUCAGAGCAAAAGCGAGGAGACGGCUGGUUAUGGGUCUAAGGGAGGUUACCAAACAUAUGAAGCUAAACAAGAUCAAGUGUGUUAUAAUUUCUCCAAACUGUGAAAAAAUCCAGUCAAAGGGUGGCCUGGAUGAGGCUCUCUAUAAUGUUAUAGCCAUGGCACGGGAACAAGAAAUUCCUUUUGUGUUUGCCCUUGGAAGAAAAGCUCUAGGACGCUGUGUGAACAAGCUGGUUCCUGUUAGUGUAGUGGGAAUCUUCAACUACUUUGGUGCUGAGAGUCUGUUUAACAAGUUAGUAGAACUCACUGAGGAAGCCAGGAAGGCAUAUAAGGAUAUGGUUGCAGCAAUGGAACAAGAGCAGGCCGAGGAAGCCUUGAAGAACGCGAAGAAGGUGCCACACCACAUGGGGCAUUCUCGGAAUCCCUCUGCAGCAAGUGCCAUUUCUUUCUGCAGUGUUAUUUCUGAACCCAUCUCUGAAGUCAAUGAAAAGGAAUAUGAAACAAAUUGGAGAAACAUGGUGGAAACUUCAGAUGGACUGGAAACAUCAGAAAAUGAGAGAGAGGUUUCCUGUAAGCACAGCGCAUCUGAAAAACCCGGUAAACUUCCAUUUGACGCAGCCCCUGUUGGUAAGCAGCCAUCGUUAGUGGCUGCAGGCAGUACUACCUCAGCUACAAACCCUGGGAAAUCGACAGUGAGCGAUAAAGAGGAAGUGAAGCCAGAUGACCUGGAAUGGGCCUCUCAGCAGAGUACAGAGACCGGCUCUUUGGAUGGCAGUUGCCGAGAUCUUUUGAAUUCCUCCAUCACCAGCACCACCAGCACUCUCGUACCUGGCAUGCUUGAAGAAGAGGAUGAUGAAGAUGAGGAGGAGGAAGAAGAUUAUACUCAUGAACCCAUAUCUGUAGAAGUACAGCUUAAUAGUAGAAUUGAGUCUUGGGUUUCUGAGACCCAGAGAACGAUGGAAACUCUGCAGCUUGGAAAAACCCUUAAUGGUUCUGAGGAAGACACUGCAGAGCAAAGUGGGGAAGAGGGAGCAGAGGCGCCUGAGGUACUGGAGCCAGGGAUGGACAGUGAGACCUGGACUGCUGACCACCAAGCAAGUCAGGAGCAGCAGAAGCCCAGCAGCUGCGGCUCGCAGCACACCGAGCACUCCGAUUGUAAUUGCACACCCCCCGAUCUGUAACUCAGGAAAUGGCAGCUCUCUCUCUUCUACUGUGUAAGGGUUGCAGCCAUUAUCUUUUAUGCUUCAUCUCAACGUUUUUCACUGUCUAGUAUUUAAUAUAUGUAUUUAAUUCCUGACAAAUAUUUUUGCAGCUGUCUUUUACUUGUUUUGUUAUGAUCUAUAGCUUAGCUUUUAAUUAGCAUCUAAGUGUCUUUCUAAGAACUGUGUGGAAAAUACAGAAUUGUUUCAGCUUAUUUUGUUAUGGAAAACUGAUUAAAAAAAGAGGAUGACCAUGUUUUAAAGAAAAUAAAUUUAAAAUGCCGAUUUAGAAUCAUUUUGAAAGUUAAAGAUCAAGGUUCUAAGAGUAGAAGGAGUUACUGAUGUUUGCUUCAAGACUGCACCUCCUUCCCUCUAAUUUGUCUGAUCAAAAAGUUGUUUGGGCUUCUUUAAAAGAGAACUGGAGGUAGAGUUAGAAAACUAAAAAAAAGUCUGAGAGUAACUAAGUCACAAAGUGUUUUGUGUUGAAAAUUGAUGCAACUAUUAUUUGGCCCACAUGCUUAUUUCAGAAGUCACUGAUCAUUUUAAUCGAUUAAAGUUGGAAGGGCUAAAACAGAACCUCUGAUACUCAGGCUGGCAGAGGAGCCACCGUGAUAGAUUAGAGGUGGCCUUCUUUGUGGAGAGUGAUAGAUGUGUUUAAUAGUGAAAAGUCACCCAUGAUAGGACCUUCCAGGUUCUGUCUUGUAUUUGCUUCUUACUUACCUCAGGAAUGCUCUUGUACAUAGUCGUAUUUACAUAAAGUUAGGUAAGUUUUGACAGGUGAAUAACUGUAACUGAUGGUCUGACUGCAUACUUUCAUGUAAACUACCCAGAAACACUGUCUUAUAUUGGUGUGUUCUCUUGCAUGCUUCUGAUUUGGGACCCUCUGGAUUUGAGAUAUGGAUUUGAUUGGGUAUCCAAACUUGUCCUGAGUGAAGAACUGUUUCGCCUUCUCAAAAAUUAUAUGUUUUGCCCCUAGCCUUGAGCACCUGCCAUGUAACGCUGACCGUAGUUACAGAGAGGUCAGGGAAAGGAACUUGACACAACUUACAGUAUGUAUCGUGAUAAUCAGGGCUUAGAAGAGGAAGUUUUGAAGAGAAGAGAAAGUUGUUCUAAUUGUGCUGAAACUAUUAGAUGAUUUAGAGUGUGCUGAUAUGUGCAGAUAUUAAGUGUUGAUCACUAUUAUUAUCCCUGCCCUUCUCUAGGACUGUGUAUACCUGCUUGGGAGAAAUUAAACUUACUGAGUUAAAUGUUUUGUUUGCUAGCCGGUUACCACCUGGUAGUGACCUCUGAAAGUUUAUAUAGUGGUGGGAGAAUUACAAAUUACCCAUUUUUCCAUCUUCCCUCCAACACCCCCCUGCCCAACUGACCAGCACACGCACAUGCACGCCAGCUUUACACUUAGAAGUUCCCAUAAGCAGGCACAGAACUGAAGAGGAGGGGUAUCUUCCCUGCCCUGGUUUUAUGGGGCAGGGCCUUGCCUCACAGAGGCAGGAGGGAAAAAUUGGGCAGAUUCUUUACUGAAUUCAUUGGGACCAUUGUGCUAGUUUUGAUGUUUUAUAAUGCUGGCAUUUCGUUACUGGAGAGAUCAGAUUCUUGGUUGAUGAUUUUUGUGAAUUGUGAAAGUAUUUGUGAAUUGUGAAAGUUUAGGAGCAUUGCUGUGUAGAAAAUGUCAGUCCAUCAACUUUAUUAGUGUGCUAAAGGGGGCUUUAUUGUACUGUCCUGUCUAAACUGUUCUCCAGUAUAGACUUCUUAGGCACAGAGUAUCCAGUACUUAAAGGAAUGCAGCAUGUAAGGAAUGAAGCCUCUGAACUAGUAAUCAUGGAUUUAUAUGUGGCAGAUCUUACUGGCUCUACACAUUUAGAAGUGUUAGUUGGCUUAAAGAAAUGAUAGAGGUUUUGAACUACUGACAAUCUUAAAAGUGAACUUAAAAACUUUUCAUACUUUUUAAUGGUGUAAAUUUCCUUUUCUCGGUGUCAGUGAUUCAGAUAACUCUUGAUCUUGAUGGUAGUGGCUUUUCCAAGGUUUCUUAUAUUUUAUAUCUCUUCUGAAUGAGAAUCGUCAUUAUAGAUUUUUGACAUUUGUAUCAAGAGAAGUUGAGGAAAUCUUCAGAAAAUCAUAAUUUUUAGUUUUGCUUUAGACUUCAGAAGUGGUCAGUUAGGUGUUCGAUAAAUGCUCUUGCACAUGCAGUAUCUUCUGCCAGCGAACCCAAGGGACCACAGCCACCUUUAUAUGCGACAGGUCACCUCUAGAGGGCAACCCAGAAUUUAUUAAAGGAAAUGCUACUGUGUUGAAAGUAAGCUUACCUAAGUAUUAACAAUGUCUUUUCAUUUGUUUCCUUUAGAUAAAUUCUGGGAUUUGUGUAUACUAUAUACAGGAGGAGGUGUGAAAAUUAGGAAAGUGUCUUUUCUGGAUCUGGGGGUGAGUGGCUCUUUGGAGACCUGGAGAGAGAUCUAGUGGUAAGAGUAAGGGUUCAUCAUCAUGGGAAAUAACAACCAUAGUAAUUUUCUUCCUUAGUGUGUAGAGGUUGUUUUACUGGCAAUAAUUAAUACUCAAUUUCUAUUUCAAUACGGAAGUAUAUGAAUUACAAUAUGAAUUGCACUCCCAAAACUAGAUUUCUGCUUCAGUAGGUUUGUUUGCUGUGAAGAUUACUUCUCAAAAGACAAAUGUUCAUAUUAGCUUAAUUUUUGGUUUAAAUAUGUUUGUAAAUGAUGUAAUAUAUUUCUUUUGACUAAACAUGGGAAAAAUAAUGGGUGUUAUACAUUGAAAAGUUUUUAAAGGCUUUGACUGGAAGUCAUUUUUGCAGAGAUGGUAUUUUAUAUGCUUCCAGUAUUUGGAAAAGAAUUAGUCAAAAGGAAUUCACAUAGUUUAAAUAUUGAGAAAUUAAUAUCCAAAUAAUGUACUUGUCUGAUUUCUUAAUAAGCUGGGGGAGGUGGGUGGGGUGGGAAUUGUAAUGUGCAAAUGAGUAGUGAACUCUACAUUCAUUUUUCAACUCUUUAACAUAAAACUGUUAAAUGUUAACACAUUGUUACUUUAAUAUAUCUAUAAAGAAGUAUUACUGUUUGUAAAGCUGCUGUUUGCUUAAAAAAAAAAAACCUCUUUCAUUUAAGUAUUUUCUGUAUGUUGUGCCAACAGGUUAGAACAUUAACUUAUCCAUUUAAAAACUUUAUCUUUUCUUGAUUUUAAAAAUUUUCUGUGAAAUAAUUUAUUUACAGACAUCUUCCUCCUUCUUUGCCCCUUCCAACCUUUACACACAUCACAGAAUCAACCAUUUGCCUAAUCUGAAAUCUGAAUCCUAAUUAAAGAUAACAAUUUAAACUUUGUUGGCACAUCACAUCUUAAAAGUAUUCGUAUUAUUUUAUAAUUUAAUUUCUAAAUAUGCCACAUGAAUUUAUAAUUUAAUGUCUUAAUUGUAAUGCUCUAAUAAAAAACUAGCAAAAUUAGUAUGAAUGAUAACAUGAAGGGAUUUUCAUCUUGUUCUUUUGCUGUAUGAAGGAUAAUUGUAUCACAUUUUAGGGGUAAUAACAGCUUUUUUGCACUAUGUAAAUACUAGUGGAGAUUCUUCCGUAACUAAUAAAAUGAUUAUUGAAAUG